AAUUAAAGUAUAAAAACCCUAAAAUUUUUCAUCUCCCGUAAGUUGGUGCUUUGGCGUCUGAACUGAGCAAUAAAGGAAGAAACCCCGAGCUGAGAUUAACAGCAAACCCUAAACCUUAAUUAUUCUCAAGGAUUGUUCUUCGAUUCGUGGGAUUUCGAUAAGUUGAAAACUAGAUGGAGGACUGGGAGGAUGAGGUUCCACCAACUUUUUCAAAGGAGCAACCUAAAAGCAAAUGGGAUGAUGAGGACGUUGAUGAUGAUGAUGUGAAGGAAUCAUGGGAGGAUGAAGAUGAACCUCCUCAGGAACCUGUAGUAAAAGCUCCUGAAGAGAAGGCCCCCAAAAAACCUGAAUCAAAAGCGACUGUAAAGAAAGGGAAAACUGCUGAAGUAGCUAAGGAAGAGCCCCUUGAUCCCGUGGCCGAGAAACUUCGCCAACAAAGGCUUGUGGAAGAAGCUGAUUACAGGUCUACUACGGAACUUUUUGCCAAGAAAGAUGAUGACAAGACUCUUGAUAAUUUUAUUCCCAAAUCUGAAAGUGACUUUACAGAAUAUGCUGAGCUUAUUUCUCAUAAACUUCUCCCAUAUGAGAAAAGUUACCAUUAUAUUGGACUACUCAAGGCAGUGAUGAGACUAUCAAUGACAUCUUUGAAAGCAGCUGAUGCCAAAGAAAUUGCAUCUUCAAUCACAGCAAUUGCAAAUGAAAAGCUAAAAGCAGAGAAAGAAGCCACAAGUAAAAAGAAGACAGGUGGCAAGAAAAAACAGCUCCAUGUUGAUAAACCAGAUGACGAUUUGGUUGUUAAUGCUUAUGAUGAUGUGGAUGAGUAUGACUUCAUGUGAUUCAUUUGGGCAAAAUGCCACCUUGUUCUAGUGUUUGCAAUAGGAUCCUGUGUUUGCUGCAACAGCAAUGUAGAGGUGGAUCCUGCGGCUCUUUUUUUCUCUUUUUCUUUUUCCAAUUCUUGGAGAAUUUAGUUGUCUGGUGAACAGCCAUAAAAUGGAGGAUAGUGUUACAUUUACAUGAACCAUUAGAUCGAACUUCAGAAGCAUAGUCUUCUAGAUGGUUUUGGGGGGUUUCAGUGUGUUACCAUUUAAAGAUUCAAAUGGUGUUUUCCUUAAUAUGUUGAGAACCGUAAUCUAUUGUAAGAAUAUACAACUAUACUAUUUGUUUGUGCAUUAUGAGAACUAGUUUUUGCAUGAUUAAAUAAAAUUCUGAUGAAAUAUUGUUCUGGGA